AAUCCAGUCAUACUUUAGCCUCUGCUAUGUGAUAAUGUAACACGACCCUCCCACAUAUUCAAGUUCGGGGUAAAUAUCCUAAGUGUUCCAUGAUUUCUUAACAUUUUCCAAGAUAAAUUUCCAAAAAUGGGAUUCCAAUUCUCCUCAUUUUUACACCUCCUCCACCGAAAAGUUUUCUCCAAAAUGGUGAAAACGGUCUUCAUCCUGUUGACAUUUUUCACCUAUGGGCUCCUCCUCAUCCCCACGUUCCUCCUCCUCAUGUCCCCCCUGUACCUGUAUCGCUACAUAAUCCGCCACCUCGCCCCCCACUUCCGACCCGACUUUAUCCGCAUGGUCAACACCCGCGAUGGGAUCGUGGGGUUGGACUAUUUUCAAAAAAGGUGUCACUGUGUCAUCAACAUUAUGCUGACGUACCGUGGAAAGCCAGAUUUGGCCCAUUUGAGGCACAUUUUCCAAACAAAAGUGCUCAACGUCAAGUACAGUGAUGAAGGCAUCGUGCGAAAUGGGAAACGUGGUGAUGACUAUAUUUACGAAAAGUUCACGCAUUAUUACGAGGCCUGGAUGGGACACGCUUUUUGGAAAAAGGAAGAAAAUUUCGUGCUGGAGGAGCACAUCCGGUUUUGCGAGGAGACGGAGGCGCACCUCAAAGGGCAGGAGGUCGGAGUGAUCAGCGAAGACGACGGCAAUAAUAAUAAUAAUGAGGACAAUUUCAAAAAUAAUAAUAAUCAAGUCGAUUAUAAAAAUAAUGUUAAUGAGGACAAAAGUAGUACGAGUGUUGUGACGGAGGAGGAUUUCUGCCGAAUUAUGGGCCCCAUAAGUACACGACCGUUCAAGAGGGGGAUGUCCCCUUGGGAAAUCCUCAUUGUGAGAAAGUUCGUCCCCACGGUGGCCAAAGUUCAUGGCGAUUUCGUCCCCACGACCCCCGUUGGUGGGGAGGAUGAAAAGGAAAAGUUUUUAUUCGUGUUUAGAGUGCAUCACUCGCUUUCGGACGGCUACUCUCUGCUCAAACUUAUCUUGACCAAUUUUAGUGACGAAGACAUGUCCAAAAUUCCACCCCCACCAGUCCGACAAUUAUCCUUGUUUAAGAAAAUUAUGGUCUACCUCGGAAUCAUAAUUCUGUCUCCGUACUACCACUUAAAACAAUUCGUGAUGGACGUGGAUCGUAAUUUUUGGCAUGUCAGGAGAGAGUCAAAGUUGACGCAUGACUGGGUGACGAUCCGGUCAGAAAAGGUGUCCAUGACGGGUCUCAAAGAAAUCAGCAAGGCGCAAAAGGUCACAAUGACGGCCGUCUUGCUGACCGGAUUUGGCACAGGGAUUAAAUCCUUCCUUAAAAAGACGGGCCAGGAGGAGAAGACGCCAAAAAUUAUGCGAGCAUUUGCACCCAUGCCGUGGAAAAAGCAUCCCAUGAAUGGAUUAGUGAAUCACUGGACGCUCGGCUUCCUCGUGGUCCCUGUGGGAUACAACGCUGUGCAGAAGCGUCUCAAAGUGUCCAACAAAUCUGUCCAGCUCCUCAAGACGUCGCCCAUUCUGUUCACCAACUUUGGCACGGUCCCCAUGCUCCUCGCUCCGCCGAGUUGGAUCAACCAGUUUUGGGCAACCAACUGGAUGACGACCAUGAUCUUGUCCAACUUCCCUGGACCAAAUUUCGCUGUCCUUUCCUUUGAACGGUAUCACUUGGAGGAUGUGUCCUUCUGGGUGCCACAAAUGAAGGGGACGGCCGGCAUGGGGGUAGGUUUUCUCAGCUACAACGGUGGCAUGCGGAUCACUGCGACGAUCGACAGGAAGCUCAUCCCCACCCAUGAAAAGGCAGAGUUGCUGAUGCAAUGUGUAAAUGACGAGUUGAGGAAUUUGAGGGGGAUUUUAGCCAACGGGGAAGACGUGGUGUAAUUAUUUAUUAUAUAUUUUUUAAUUUUGUUAACUCAAGGAAUAAUGAAUAAAAUCAUAAGUUUUAGAUACGAUGAA